AUGAACUUCACAAGUUCUAAACACUACCGUGAGGUGCAAAUAGCUUCUUGCAUUUUUCUUGCUUUAGUAUCUCUUGCGGCAGCCGUGGGAAAUGGGCUUUUAUUGGUUACGAUUUGGAAAGAUCCCUUCAAAGCUUUUCGAACACCAACAACCUUCUUUAUCAUUGGCUUAGCGGUUGCAGAUUUCCUCGCCGGGAUCAUUGUUUGCCCGAUACAAGCAUUACUAAGCAUUGCAGGAUAUAUUGAACUCAAAAGAAACUCUUUAAUCUUUCCAUUUCUCCAAAAAGCAGCAUCAGUGGCAAAUUUCAUCUCACCAAUCACAAUGAACAGUUCAUACAUUAUUUUGCUCUCACUUACUUGGAGUCAGUUUUUAGCUAUAAGCUACCCUCACAAACACAAAAGGCUUGUUACCAAGAGAAGAGCUAAAGCUAGUCUGAUAUUAACCUGGGCCUACACUAUAGCGUUUGCAAUUUUGUAUGCCUCUGGAGUGGAAAAAACGGUCCUCUUUAAAGUAGAUCUGUACGUCCACACAACUGGAAGCCUUCUACUCCUUACAAUUGCCUACUUUUGUCUGUACAAAGCAUUCAAGAGACAUAUGAGAAGGCUCCAUUCCUUGAAAGGAAAUAACCUCAGCAGAGUUAACAGAAGACAAAGGCAGUUUACCAUAGUCAACCUUUUGCUACUGAUGUUCGUCAUCGUUUGCACCCUUCCCAUAACAGUUGUCUACUACUUGCAUAUUCAUCACACAGAAUCCAAUACGCACCCCCUUAAGAUGAAGAUUGCAAACCUUCUUUCAAGCAACCUGUUGUUUCUCAAGUUUACUCUUGAUCCCCUCAUCUACCCUUGGAGGCUGACACAGUACAGACAAGCUUUAAAAUCUUUAGUAACGUGUAGAAGGCAUAGGGUUCAAAUUGACGAUGUGAUUUCUCACUCGUUGGAUAAUCAAACACUAAAUACACGACGUUCUGAAAGACCGAUAUCGAACAGGGAGAUGUAG